UCGCUGGCGGCGGGCGUCGUGCCCGCCAUCGGGCUACACCACAUCCAGGUGGGACGGUUGAAUGAAGUCGACGCGCUGCUCAAGGACCUCGACGUGGUGGAGGAAGGGGGCGCUUCGGUCCGGUUCAUCGUCGGCCGGUUUGGAAGCGGCAAGACCUUCUUUCUAAAUCUCGUGCGCCACGUCGCUCAGAAGAAGAAGUUCGUCGUCGCCCAGGCCGACAUCACGACCGACCGGCGAUUCCACGGUUCGGGAGGGCAGGCCCGAUCGCUUUACUGCGAACUGAUGCGAAACCUGUCGACGCGCUCGCAGCCGGAAGGCAACGCGCUACAAAACGUCAUUGAGCGCUGGGUGGGGGAAGUCGAUCACACGGUACGCAGCCAGAACGGCGGCAGUGAGGAAGACGUCAAGCGCGAGUUCGAGGAGCGGCUGCGCCCAUUGCAGGACUUGGUGAGUGGCUUCGACUUUGUCAAAGUGGUCACGAAGUACUACGAGGGCUAUCGAGCGGAGAACGAAGGGUUGCAGUCGAACGCCCUGCGUUGGCUCCGCGCCGAGUACACGACCAAAACCGAGGCGCGUCAGGAUCUUGAAGUCCGAACCAUCAUCGACGACGCCGGCUUUUACGAUUACUUAAAGCUCUUUGCGGGCUUCGUCCGAAUCGCCGGCUACGCGGGACUGCUGGUGAACAUCGACGAGUUGGUCGUGCUGUCGCACCGGCUGGCGAACACCGCGGCCCGCAACGGCAACUACGAAGCGGUGCUGCGCAUCAUCAAUGAUUGCCUCCAAGGCCGCGUUGAAGGGCUCGCGUUCCUGUUCGCCGGCACCGACGACUGCCUGGAGGAUCCACGGCGGGGACUUUAUAGCUACGAGGCGCUCGCGACCCGCUUGGCGCCAAACCGCUAUGCUGUCGCCGGCCGGCAGGAUUACUCGUCGCCAGUCAUCAAGCUGCAGAACCUGAGCCCCGAGGAUUGUUACGUCCUGCUCACCAACAUCCGUCACGUGCAUGGCGGCGGGCACGACGCCGAAAGGUUGAUCCCCGACGAAGGGAUUGUCGCUUACAUGCAGGCGUGCAGCGAGCGGAUGGGGGCUGCGUACUUCCAGACGCCGAGGGAAACGGUCAAAGACUUUGUGAACCUGCUCAACAUGCUGGAGCAGGACGCCUCGCGUGGCUGGCGCGACCUCCUUCAGCGGGGGCCAUCGGCGAAUGACGAGGUCGCCGCCCACACACCGGCGGAACUACGGCCAGCGCAACCUGGCGAUGACCUCAGCGAGUUCCGGAAGAGACGAUCCGACUGCUCCNNAGCCGAUCUGGUUAUCUCGGCGCAGACCGCUUCCGGAAAGACAGAGGCGGCAUUCCUGCCGAUCCUGUCGCGACUAUUCGAGUCGCCCGCCCCUUCGGUACAAGCGCUAUACGUUGGCCCGCUCAAGGCGCUGAUCAAUGACCAGUUUCGGCGGCUGGAGAGACUCUGCGAGCGGGCCGAAAUUGCGGUGCAUCGCUGGCACGGAGACGUCGAUGCGGGGAAGAAGAAGGCCCUCCUCUCCCGGCCUUCGGGGGUGCUGCUGAUCACACCCGAGUCGAUUGAAUCUUUGUUCAUCAACCGCAGCACGAGCCUCCGUCGGCUGUUCGGUUCGCUCCAAUACGUGGUGAUCGAUGAGGUCCAUGCGUUGGUAGGCAACGAACGGGGCACGCACCUCAGGAGCCUGUUGCACCGGCUGGAAGAGCAUGUCCAUGGCCGAUUUCGCUUCAUCGGCCUGUCGGCGACGCUGGGGGAUGCUUUUCCGGUGUACCAGCGAUGGCUUCGCCCCGACGGUGACGGUGAAACGCUACUGGUCCAAGCGCCGAGCGGCGAGAAGCGGCUGUUGUACAAGGUGCAUGCCUACUCCCUCACUAGACCCAAGCAGAACGAAGAGGAAGCGGAGAGCGGUCCCCCACCGGCGAUGACCGGCGAUCUGUACGAGCACUUCGCCGGAACCAAAGGACUCGUCUUUGCGAACCGGAAGGCGGACAUUGAACAGCUGGCCGAUGCGCUGAACUCACGUUGCCGCUCGGAGGGACGCCCCGAAGAGUUUUUGGUGCAUCACGGUUCUCUCAGCAAAGAGGUGCGCGAGUUCACCGAGCAAGAGAUGCAGUCGGACCGGACUCGCACGACACUUUGCUCCUCGACGCUAGAGCUGGGGAUCGACAUCGGCUCGGUCGUGGCGGUGGGCCAGGUCGAUCCUCCUUGGUCCGUUUCUUCCUUGGUGCAGCGACUGGGUCGCAGUGGUCGCGGGGAGGGAGAGCCUCAGUGCCUUCGAAUGUAUGUGCGGGAAGACGAGGUAACGGCCGACUCGACGCUUAUCGACCGGCUCUACCCAGCGUUGCUCCGCGCAAUCGCUCUCACGGAGUUGAUGCUCCAGGACCCUCCCUGGGUCGAACCUCCCGACCUCGCCACCCACGACCUCAGCACGCUGACUCACCAACUGCUCAGCGUUCUUGCCGAGACCGGAGGGCGACGCGCCGACCAGCUCUACAACACGCUUUGCCAACGAGGCGCGUUCCGGAGCAUCGAUCAGGGGCUGUUCACCGGCGUCCUUCGGAGUCUGGGCGACCGGGAGCUGAUCGAGCAGAUGGAGGGAGGCGACUUAAUUCUCGCGCCCAAGGGUGAGCGUAUCACCGGCCAUUACUCCUUCUACAGCGCGUUCGCCGCGUCGGACGAUUACAGCGUUUAUUUCGGAUCGUCACUGGUCGGCUCCCUGCCCGCCUCCGACUUGCCUCGGCUUGGUGAGUUUUUCUUACUGGCGGGACGUAGGUGGCAGGUCGUCGCGGUGGAGGAUGAUCGGCGCGCGAUCGUCGUCCGUCCCGCAAAAGGCAAGAAGCCGCCGCUGUUUGCAAGCGGUGGUGGCGAGGUCCACCCGCGUGUACGUGAGAUGAUGCGUGAAGUGCUCUUGGGCGACCGUCCGUGCCACUAUGUGAACGCCACUGGCGCCAGGCUCUUGAAUAGCGCACGACGCACUGCCCAUGAGGCGGGGAUUGACGCACAUAGGCUCGUGCCACUCUCGUCCAACUCCUGCCUCUGGUUCACGUGGACGGGCACGAAGACGCAGAGAACCCUCUGCCUCAUAGCCGACUUGCUCGGGCUUUCGCCCGCCGAUCACAAGGUCGCCAUCGAGCUGUCAGUGAGCGUCGAUGAUGCGACGCGGCGCCUGUCUAAAGUCGAUGUUUCGCAAAUCGACGCCGCCCAAUUGGCGGCCCGAGUGGCGGCGAAGCAGGUGCGGAAACUUGAUUUGUAUCUGGACGACGAACUCUUGAUCGAAGCGCUCUCGCACGACGCGCUCGACGUAAGGUCCGCCCUAAUCCUGGUCAGCGAAUUAGGAUCGUGCUUAAAACGGCAAUGA